AUGGACCAGCAGGAGACUGUUGUGCCUUCGGGCCAGCAUUAUUCUGGCGCCAACCGCAUCCCUAAUAUCAAGCAGUUUAUGGAGAGCCUUGACAAGGACAAGAAGAAUCGAGAUGCUCAAAUCGAUGCCAACCUCAAGAAGAACAAGGCUGCUGGCACCGAGGUCAAGGAGCACAAGGAGGGUCAAGCUCCACGGCAUGGGAAGAAUCGCCGUACUGUCCGAGAUCCCGUCACCGGGAAGGACGUGGAGAUUGACGACAUCGACAGCUCGAUGAUGAAGUCGGCCCAGGACCCUCAUCUAUUCGUUCCCAAUGCCAACCUCGGCAAGGAGACCACUGUAAAGACUGAGCACACACAAUCUGGCGAAGAAUAUAGGAAGAACCAGGACAUCACCGCGCCGCCCGAUCCCGUCGCGGAGGGCGCAACAAGCGACGUUCCCAUUCAUGGCGAGAAGACCAAUGUCCUCUUCCACCCCACGCCCUCCGUCAGCUAUGAACCAAUGUAUGCUACGAUGGAGGCGAGAGCAAAUGUUCUCUGCGCCGGAAUCUUCUUUGGAAUUAUUCUCAUUGGCAAGAUGUUCGGUGGCAGGCUCUGGGGUCUCAUUCCUCUAGCUAUCUGCGUCGCGUCCGGCGUAUUCCUCUGGAUCAAGGAUCUGAUUCGGCAGGGAAGAGACACCGAAUGGUCCAGCGAACAGAAGCGUGGAGAGACGGCUGUUGUCAAUCUCAUCCCAGAGUCUGUCGAGUGGCUCAACACCGCUGUUGGCCUCAUCUGGGGCCUGAUCAAUCCUGACAUGUUUGCGGCUGUGGCUGAUACACUUGAGGAUGUCAUGCAAGCUAGUAUACCAGGCGUUAUCGAAAACGUGAAGGUCAACGAUAUCUCCCAGGGCAGCAAUCCCCUCAGAGUUCUCAGCUUGCGUGCCUUGCCAGAUAGCCACGUUCAAGAGCUGAAGGAUGAGAUCCGGAAGAAUGACGAGAAGACCAAAGAUCCCCAGGAGAUAGCUGCUGACGAGGAAGGUGGGGAUUUCUACAACCUCGAAGCCACAGUUGCUUACCACUCACUACCAUCAUCAAAUGAUGUUUCAUCCAAGGCUCGCAACAUGGGCAUGCAGCUCGUCUUUUACCUUGGUAUCAAAGGACUCUUCGGAGUACCGUUCCCCAUCUGGGUUGAACUCAAUGGUCUUGUUGCUACUGCUCGAAUUCGUGUCUCUCUUGCCCCAAACCCUCCGUUCAUCAAGACUUUGAGCUUCACUCUGAUGGGUUUGCCUAAAGUCGAAGCGAGUUGCAUUCCGUUGAUAGAGAAAGGUGCCAAUAUCUUGAACCUGCCUCUCAUCUCCAACUUUGUCAACUGGGCGAUUGCUACCGCCGCAGGAAUGUAUGUGGCUCCGAAGUCUAUGACUCUUGAUAUUGGCAAGAUGCUCCAAGGCGACGACAUCAAGAAAGAGACCCAGGCUCUUGGUGUAUUAUUCAUUCGCAUUCACAAGGCCACUGGCUUGAGCAAGCAGGAUCGUCGCGGCAGCGACGGUGGCGGCUCUGACCCCUAUAUCUGCGUAGCUUUCUCCAAGUUUGGCAAGCCUCAAUACUGCACCCGUGUCAUACAAGAUGAUCUUAACCCAGUCUUUUCAGAGAGCUGUGCGCUUCUCGUCACUUCAGAAAUCAUCAAGGCUGACGAACAGCUUUCACUGGAGCUUUGGGACAGCGAUCGCUCAUCGGCUGACGAUGUUGUCGGAAAGGUUGAGUUGAGUAUUCAAAAGCUAAUCCAGCAUCCCGGAAAGAUGUUCCCUCAGUGCUCGCAGCUGCGCGGCGUCAAGGCUGAGAGCACGAUGCCUGGUGAGCUCCAUUGGGAGGUUGGGUUCUUCGGCAAGACCCAAUUCCGCAAGGCUCUAAGAACGGAUGGCAAGGACCCCAACCUGCCGAAGGAGCUACGUGACAAGGCAGAGCUUCAAGAUGACAAGGGAGCUCUAGACAACGCGGAAGAAGAUGCUGUUGUUCAUACGCCACCAGACCCGCUGUGGCCAAGCGGCAUCCUCAGCGUUGUCGUGCAUCAGAUCGUCAACCUCGAGCUCCAGAAUAUCAAGGGGUCAAAUGGCAAGCGAAAGGGGCGCGAGUUUGAGCCAGCUCGGCCGGAGGCUGGUGAUAUCAAAGAGGAGCAAAGCAAGACGCUGCCGAGUUCAUAUUGCACAAUCAUGUUGAAUGAUGAGCUUGUGUACAAGACCCGAACAAAGGUCGUUUCAUCAAAGCCAAUCUUCGAGGCGGGUACUGAGCGGUUCAUUCGAGAUUGGAGGUCAUGCAUUGUCACCGUUGCUGUUCGCGACUCUCGCAACAGACAACACGAUCCUAUCAUUGGCGUUGUACCUCUGAAGCUCUCGGAUCUCCUCUUGACUAGCAGUCAAAGCAGCAGAUGGUACCCUCUUGAUGGAGGUGUUGGCUUCGGCCGCAUCCGUAUCAGUCUGCUAUUCCGCUCCGUCGAACUCAAAUUGCCGCCGCCACAGCUGGGUUUCGGUGAGAUCGGGACAUUCGAAUUCCUGUCUGAUAACAUCAAAGCCGUGAACUACGCUGGAUCACAUAAGACAAAGGUCAAGCUUCGAACCGGUGGAAGUUCUGCAACUAUUAAGAGCGAGAAGUGCUCCAAGUCCGAGGAUGGCAACGGACUUGUUUGGGAUAUUACCGAUGAGACCAUCGCUGAGAAAGAAGAGCCCCAUAAGGUCCGCCUUCCCGUACGUUUCAGAUACCGUUCACCCGUGUUCUUCGAGUUCCACCAGUCUGGAAAGCGACACUCGGACACAUUUGCCGCCUUUUGGCUUCAGGAUCUUGUCGACCUUGAAGACAAAGACUUUGACAUCCCCAUCUGGAGAUGCAACAAUGGCUUGCGUCUCUCUCAGAACUAUAUUACAGAAGAGAAUUACAAGUCCGUUCCAGACCUGAAGAUUGAGGAGAUUGGUCGACUUCAAUUCCGCGGUCGCUUCAAACCCGGCACGGACCGCGACCAUCUUAAGUUCGUCUCAGACAAUGAUUCCCGCGAAACGAUUGAAAGCUGGGAGGCUUGCUUUGCAGAGGGUGUUCGCACUGAGGAGGUCAGGGGCGAGGUCCCACCAUCGAUUCAGAAGCUCCACGACGCAUCCCUCACUCAGGGCCGCGAUGUACUUGCUGAGGCAGAUGAGACCGACAAGCAGAAGUGGCUCUCCAGAGAUGGAACCGACUGGAGUGGUGCCUUUGGAAAAGACCCAGUCGACCUCAUUGGUCAUCACGCAAAUAAGGAAGGGGAUGACAACGACGACGACUAUGAAUCGUCUUCGGAUAGUGAUCCUGACUUAGGCCUUCAAGACGCCACCUCCAACGGCUCCGGGAGCACGGAAGCGCAGACUGACGCCACCCGCCCGUCUAUUGACAGCACGAUGAGUCAACAAACUACGUCUUCUAAGAAGAGCAAGAACCCCAUCAAGCAAUACAAGGACUAUAAGGAGCGCAGCCGAGACCUGCACCGCCAGCACAGGGGCUUGAUGCAAUGGCGACCGAUGCGUAAUGCUCAGUUUGCUAAGGAUGAGGCUACAUUUGCUGUCCGAAGAGCAUUAAAGGUUGGGUCUCUUAGUGGUCGUAAGCCGGAUGUUGAGACUGAAGUGUAA